AAAUCCAACAUAACGUUGACGAUUCAGUCGCUCUUGAGAAGUCCCAAAGCGAAGAUGAAGUGGUCGCGGCCAGAAAGUGUUUCAUUCCCACAAGUUUGGUGGAGAUUCAAAGCAAAAGAUCCAGAAUCUGGAGAAAUCGUGGAUUAUCGGAUUGAAGAUUGCACAGAGGAUCGCUUCGAGGAAGUUGUGGAGCUCAUGCUGAAUUGUUUUAUACCUGAUGAACCUAUGAGCACCUCUCUUGAGGUACUUAAGGAUGAAGUAUCCUUGGCUGAGAUGAAAGCAAUGUGGGUAGAAACUAUGCCGCAGAAAUUGACUCUCGUUUGCUUUAAAGAAGGAUCCAGUGAAAUUUGUGGACUCAACGUACUGGAAAUCAAUGAACAGAGCGAAUCUAAGAAAAAUGAAUUAGAUGAAGUGUCGGGAAAAGGUCUAAGAGACAUUCUAAAGGUGUUUAUAUUCCUUAAAACAAAAGCGGAUGUUUACAAACGCUACAAUGUGGACAAAUAUCUGCACGGAUUGGGACUGUUAACCAUGCGAAAAUAUCGAGGAUGUGGAAUUGCUACAGAGCUUCUGAAAGCCAGAUUUCCCCUCAUGAAAGCUCUGGGAUUGACUCUAACUUGCACAGUGUUUUCCGGUCCAGGAUCACAAGGAGCUGCCAGAAAAGCCGAGUUCACAGAAGAUGUUGUAGUUGCUUACUCUUGA